AUGCCUGAUGAUGAAGAGGAACAAGGAGAGAGUAUGGAGAAUGAAGUUGAAAAAAGUGAGCAAAGCAGUUCAAAAUUAUCACCAUCAAAUUAUGCUCCAGUUAUCCAUACGUCAACGAAUCUCUAUCAACUGGCGGAUAUUGCAACGAUGGCGCCUGACAUAGCAGCGUUGACUGUACGUGAUGAUGAAGAGGUGGCCGAAUCGGAUCGAAUGGCCGAAGAACGGUGGAGCAGAAUUUGUGAAUCGCUGUCC